ACGACGAUUACACUAACAAACAACAAGGGAAUCCGUCGGGCUUGGCAUGCGACAGGUUUUUUGCGAAGCAUUGUACCGACAUGGAUUAUGUAACCGACGCGUUUCACCACAGCUCCCGACCUCACUCUUCCGCAGAGGCCUUGGGUAUGGGUUCAACUCGACUCCAUCCACUCUCUGCUCACCGCACAUCCACCGCAUCGCAAUUUGCAUGUCUUUCUAGCAGACUAAGACAGGUUACAGGUGUCUCGAUACGUUGGAACCCUUCAUAAGCCUCAUUACUUUUCACGCAAUCGCCUAUCAUGGCUCCAAGAAGCUCAACGCUUCCAGAAGCAUUGACAGAAAGCGCCCGAGAAGCACGCAAGGCCUUCUUCUGCGAACUCUGCGGAAAAGGCUACACGCGCAUGAACGAAUUCGAGGCCCACGAAGGCUCUUACGACCACCAACACCGAAAAGUGUGCCCCUCCCACCCCUAGCCCCAUUCUAUCUCCCCUUGACUUCUCCUACCCCCGUCUCUCACUCAAACCACAUCCCGCUUACCAUCCCCACCUCCAACAGCGCCUAAAAGAAAUGCGCCAAAUGACGAAAGACCCCGCCGCAGCAGCCAAGCGCGCAGCAGAGCAGGCGCGCGCAAACGAAGAAGCCGGCAUCAAAGCAAUCAACCUGUCCUCCAUCACGUCCGGUGCGUCCGCCUCUUCCGGCGCGGCGAAGAAGAAGCCCGUGUUCAAGAGCACGCUGCAGCCGCAGACGGCUGUUGCGCUGGGGCUGGGGCAGGCGAAGGCGUUGACUUUGGGCGAGGGGGAGGAUGGGGAUCCGUCGGGGGCGGGGGAGAAUGGGUG